GUGACGUAGUCCACACUGCCUUCGUGGCUGUGAAAUAAAAGUUGGACAGUUAAUAUGCAACGAUGAUGGGUCGCCUGAUGUGUUACUCGCACCUUGAAGAGAAUGAAUCACAGCUGUUGCAUCGAAAAUUUGUACCGAACUAUUGAUUGAAAGGGAUAAAGAGUUUAGUCUGAUAAUCCGUUUGUUCAAACUGUGUUUAUUGACAAUUAUCGAAGUCUGUUUAUUUGCUCUUGUUUGGCUUGGGCUUACACGGAACAGAUAGGUAGCCAACCAUCAUGCUAACACAGAUGUAACUCAAACAGAACUAUCUGGUUAGGACUCUUCAUUUAGCAAUAGAACUACCGAAACAUGAAGAUUAAAGAACAAUAUAUUCAUUAAUUUAUCUGCUACUAAAUUAAAAAUGGGGAAUGUAGAAGUGCAUGACCUUGCACCUGUCCGUUCUGAUGAAAGAAAAGAAUUAAAUCUGAGUCGAAAAAUAUCUUACAAACAGUACGAAAAGCACAAAAAUGGAGAUUAUCAUGAAGCUUGUUUAACAGAAUUACCAUGGAAUAUCCGUGACUCUGUUUCCUUGUAUGAAAGUAUGUCAGCGUCAUUUAAUGCCAUUACAGAACUACCUGCAGAAUUACCACUCCGCUUACCCCAUCUUUCAUACUUAGAUCUCAGCAACAAUGCUCUACAAAAACUUCCUGAUAGUUUUGGUCUUUUGUUUCAUUUAAAAACACUCAUGGUACAACACAAUAAGUUACGAGAAUUACCGGAAGCAUUCGUCCAUCUUGUGAAGCUAGAGAAGAUUGAUCUUUCUUACAAUCAACUGAGAGAAUUACCCGAAGAUUUAGGAAAGAUGGAAAGUUUGAGUAAAUUGAAUGUAUCCCACAAUAAACUGCGAUUAUUACCAGUUUCUUUGGGUGGAUGUGAAACAUUAACUUUAGUUCUUGCUGUGGGAAACCGUUUAACUGUACCACCACAAUCUAUCAGCAAUGAAGGUUCUGAGCCCAUUAUCAAAUUUCUACGACGAAAGUUUUCGUCUGUUUCCAUCUGUUCCGCUUCAGAAAUCAAAGUGUGUGUAAACAUUUUUCCAAGGGUUCGAGGGAAUCAAUGCCAAAGUAUAGAUAAAAAUAAUCACUCCGUCCAUUCACAGUAUAUACAGGUACAGACAGAUACAACUAAUACACCAGUACGCAUUAAAACUCCCCUUCUCCCUCCUCUUAAUGCUACCAAACUAGAUCCAGAUCAACUUGGUGAUAAAAUAAUAGGUAUGAUAUAUGGUGCUGCUAUAGGUGAUGCUAUAGGUAUAUCUACAAGAUGGAUGGGACCAGAUGAAUGUAGUUUUUAUUAUCCCAAUCCUAAUAUAACAUAUAAAGAUAUAAUUGUUGGUGAGAACAGAGUAUGGUGGAGACAAGGUGACUGGACGUGUAAUGUUGACCAUAUGAUAAUUGUGUUAGAUUCGAUCAUAUCAUGGGCUGGUGUCGUAGAUGAAUUAGAUUUUUCUAAGCGUUUAUUAAAUUGGUAUCAAAAUGGAUUUACUGAUUUGGGUGAUACAGAAGGUGUGGUUCUCUCGCAAACUUUAUUACAGCUAUUUUCAAUGGAAGAUUUUACAACCAAUCCACAUCGUGCUGCUGAAGCUGUAUUAAAGGAACCUGUUUAUUAUAAUUUAAAUGGUGAUUUGGAUUCAGCUGAUUCUAUGUCAGAUAGUGGUAUAGACAGCCCCCAAAAAUCAAUGUUUGCUCGCUGUAAAAAACGCCUCAAUGCUAUAAAUAUUGGAUCAUGUGAUGAUUUUGGAUGUGAUAAUGCAGCUGUUACAAGAAGCCCAAUAUUAGGGGUACCAUCAUUCCAUGAUAUAAUAGAAGUAAAGAAUAAUGCUGUAAGAAUUUGUCGUGGUACUCAUGUUAAAUCUGUUUGUGUCGCCAGUAGUGUGAUGAUAUCAACAAUGGUGGCAUUAAUGUUACAGGGGAAAUAUGAAGAUGAUAUAGAUGGGUUGAUACAUGAAUCUAUAAGUCAUGGUGCGGAGUUUAUAUCUAAUCAAGAAGAAAGAAAUGAGUUUCUAGCACUAGUUAAAGCUGAAGAUUUACAAAGUUUAAAUGCUAGAGAAGAUGGAAAAGGUAGCCACACAUUCAAACCAAUCACAGCAGCCAUUAUUGCCUUGAAAUCAAAAUCAGACUACAAAAGUACGAUAUUAGAUAUUGUUAUGUCUUGUGGUGAUAGUAACAGUAAUGCAUGUGUAGCUGGUGCUAUAAUGGGAUGUAAAAUGGGAUUUUCACGUCUGCCUACACACUGGAUUGAUGAUUUAAGAAGUAAACAAACUAACUGGUUAAAUGUGAAGAUAAAUUGUUUGUUAGACAUGAUGGGUAUACCAUGAUAUUUCAUCAUUCAAUCAAAUACAUGUUAAAAAGUUGAAAUAGGACAUGCGUAGUCUCAGUUAUCGCUUUAUUAAAACCAAAGUAGAAAUGGUAGUCUGGGAUCAAUUCUUAUUAAUUUAUAUAUAUUUAUAUGUAAUUCUAGACCAAAGUUAUUAUCUUAAUGAUGGUUUUAACAUAUUAAAUUAGGAUUUAUAUCAGUUGUAAAUACCAUAAACAUGACUUUAAAAUAAAGUUAGGAUAUUAAAUAUAAUCGAGAAUAUCGAAUUGACUGUCUAUGUUAUAUAAGAUGUUUAUAUAAUCUGAUAGAUUCAAGAAGUCAAGAUUUUGUCCAUGACAAUCUUCAGUCUUGUCUUACAUGUUACAAGUCCAAGUAUCUUAUAGUUUGCUGUAUUCUAUUUAUUUAUUUACUGAAUCUACUUAACUAGAUUUCUUAUUAUUCUAUAACUACAUGCAAGCACAAGCAAAUAUCAUUGAAUACAGCCAUUAAAUAACCUAUGGUUGUAUUCAAUGGCUUGAACAUGUACUACUUUUGUCCAGAAUGACGUCACUUUCAGAAUUACGUCAAACUGUAAUGACGUCACCAUUAGGCAACCACAAUUUUUGUAAAAAAGAAAGAAAAAAGGGCAGAACCUAUGAUGAAUUUUAACGUUAUUGGUGAUUUUUUUUGGGGGGGU